AGCUUACUCACCACAGACUGAAAGGGGACUUCGACUUCCUAUGCGUGUCGUCGAGCUUCAUGCUUUGACGACUGUAGCACUGCUUUUCGCGUUGUUGGCGAGAGGGACGGAAGGGGGAGCGGUCACAUAUGCCAAUCACGGGGAGCCUGCCCUGCAGGCGCAUUUCAGUGAUUUCUACGAGAUAAUGACUCCCGAGGACUACAGAAUCUACCAGGACCGCCUCCAUGAGAUCAUCGAUUGGGGCCUACGCAACACCCGUCAGCAAGACCUUCGUAAAGGUUUCCUCCAGGGGGUCGCAGAGGAUUGGCGAUUCGUGCCCACGCCCCUGCGCCAGGGUCUCAAGCGCCGGCACAAGGAUUUCGGGCCCCUCCAGGAGCGGCGCCGGGUGACCUUGGAUGAGCGAAAUCGGCAGAUGCGGGAUAGGAUCGAUCGGGGUGUGGCAAAGAAAGGCUACCUAGUCGCCUACUACAUGUUCAAUCACGACUGCAAUGCCAUGGGGCCUGCAGAAGACAGGGAGCAUUCCCUUUUCUUCCAGCCGCUGCCGCGUCUUCGCAUGGGCUGGCCGCAUUCGUCCCGGCAAGUCCAGCAUUAUCUGGUCGCUCUGCGUCAAAGAAAAUUUAAUCACAUGUACGUUGGGGUCACCCAGGAAUUCGCGCCGUACGGGGAAAGAGAAGUAGAGGAUUGGCUUCGACUGAAAGGCUACGAAGGAUUCAAGGUAAAGACCCAGCGAGUCCUCCUAGGCAAAGGACCCGAGACGUACGCGUUAGCGAAGGAUAAGAUAGUGAACUGGUCGUGGGGGGAGGAGGUGAAAUGGGUGCGAUUUUCGGAAGGGGAACAUGGGAUCAACGUGGUGAGUCAGAUCCGGACCUACGGUUUGUUGUGGACGAUGAAUCCGUUGCGGAAGGUUCUCUGCCACGAAAAGCCAUGGGGCAAACGGGGCGGGGCGGUGGCGGCGGUGGCG